UACUUGAAAUAACCUCGAGCUAGAUCACACUCAUGGCAUUUCUCGGUCUUCGCAAGUGGUCCACUCCUGUGUUGAGGCCCAUGGCGCCCUUCCUUGCAGCAAGCGUAGUCACUUUUUACCUCGUCUCCAAGAUGCAGGAGAUGGGUGUUCGUGCGGAGACGUACGCUAAGGAUCCUAAAAACCCAUACGGUGCUCAGAUUGCAAAGGAGGCACAUCAUUAGCAGGCAGUUUGACUAGCUACAGGG